AUGUUUGGUAUCUUUGCGGACUUGUUGUCCUCGGUCAUCACGAUCUUCUUCCCCGUCUUUGCUUCCUACAAGGCUCUCCGUUCCUCUGACCCCUCACAACUCGCACCAUGGCUGAUGUACUGGGUGGUGCUAUCAGUCAUUUUGCUGGCUGAAUCCUGGACAGUAUUUAUCAUCGGAUGGUUCCCAUUCUACAGCUGGAUCCGCCUCGGUUUCAUGUGUUAUCUAGUCCUUCCCCAAACGCAAGGGGCUCGCUUACUGUACCAAGACUAUGUGGACCCGUUCUUGACACACCAUGAGCGGGAGAUCGAAGAAAUGAUCGGCCACACUCAUGAGCGAGCUAAGGCACUGGGUCUUCAAUACUUCUACCAGGCCAUCGAUUUGAUCCGGCAGAAAGUUUUGGGUCUACCCCCGCAGCGCCCCACGACACCCCCUCAACCAGGUGCCGCUUCCUACGCGCAGUCACUGCUAUCGCGGUUCAACCUCCCCAUUGCAGGAGCAGGAGCAGGAGCAGCCGGGGCAUCCGCCAACGCAAAUGAUUGGUAUUCUGUUCUCAGUGCCGCUGUUGGCUCGGUUACAUCUGGAAAGUCUCGGGAAGCCCGGGAAGAGGAGCUUUCAGCCAGUGGCAAUCUCCUUCAGCGCCAGAUGCAGUCGAUGUCUGGAGCGGAGAAGGCUCACUUUAUUUCCUCGCAGCGAGAGCUGCUAGAUCACCUCCGGUCAACCCUGGCCCAAGAGGAACAGAGUAACCCUCGGGGUGGGCUUGAGGCUGAUGACCUUGCCUACGGCGUGCCGUUACGUAAGAACCGCAGUGAAAACUCCUUCGAGGUAGUUGAUGAUGAGGAUCUAGGACGUCGAGCGGAACGAAAGACUAGUGGUGGAUGGGCAUCUGGUUGGUUUGGCAACGAGCAAGAUUCUUCGGGUUCAUCUGGUACUGACUUCGCGGCACGGGCUGUCGAUGAGAUCGCCCGGUCGCGCGCAACUGGGUAUGACCGAUCUUGA